UUUGACGAACUUAUAUGCGCAUUACUUAACUUAUAAAAUACUUAACAGCGGAAGUUAAAUGGAAUGCUUACAACUUGAUCUGUAUCAUUCGGAUUUAAUAUACUGCAAAAGUGUCAAAAUAAAAUCUAAAGGUGCACUGUAUUCGAUCUUGCGGUAAAUCAUAUACCAAUUCGCAUGCCUGAGCCCGGUCAAAGCGUAAAUACCAAGCCACGAAUGUGCUCAGGUACUGCAGUUGAAACUGGCUCUGUAGAAGAACUAAAAUGGGAAACAAAAAAAGUUCCAUCAAAAUAGCGGAGGAAGUAAAAGACUCAAGUGAGCCUUUGAAGUUCAAAACUGAUCUUUCAGAUAUAGAGGUAGGAAGCAAAACCAGCACGGCCACUUUUUUGUGCAAACUCAACAUGAGCCAAAUCGAGGUGGAAUGGUACUAUUGCAGUCAACGUAUAUAUCCGUCAAACAAGUAUGCAAUUAUAGAUGAUGGUUUCAUUCAUAUGUUAAGGAUCAGCGAUGUUUCGGAAAACGAUGAAGGCAAAUACUCAGUGAUAGCAAAGGGAUUACGAUCUGAAGCCAAACUCUACGUGUUAGCUCAUGACGGCUCCAAAGAUUUAAAAAGUUUCAAGACGUUGGGAUCGGAUUCCGAUGUAGCCGGUCCAAAAACAAGCUUAAACAAUCCGCAAGUAUGGUCUGUGGAUUCUUUGCAGAUAUUCAAUACAAUUCGAGGAGAGGAAGAAAAAUUGCACUGUAUAAUCUUAGGUUGUUGCUAUUUACCAACAGGAGAGAUUCUGCUAGCAGACUGGAGAAACAGGCGACUGAAGAAACUUAAUGAUUUUUAUGAGACGAUCAGUGUAUGUGACCUUCCUAAUCGUCACCGGGAUGUUUGUUAUUGUGGUAACAACGAAGCUGUGGUAGCUAUGGACGAUAUGAAUCUGCAGUUUGUAGAUGUUAGAGGAAGUAUGUCACUGUCCAGGGCAGUUAAAACAGAUCAUUGUUGCAGAGGACUUGCCUGCUUUGGUAACCAGUUGUAUGUAAUAGAUGUAGCAUUUGUCUUUCUAUACAGUAUUGAUGGUAUAAAACAGCGUGUUCUCUACACUCACCGCUCUGGUAAUCAAGAAUUCUGGCAUAUUGCAGUUAGUGAUGAUGGCAGUCGCAUUUACAUAACGGACUACCAUACAGGGCUUCACACAAUUGAUAGUUCAGGGAAUCACCUGUAUACAUUCACUGAUCAAGAACUCCGUGGAGCCACAGGUGUGUGUAUAGAUGGUGAAGGUCAUGUCUUGGUGUCUGGCGCUUUGUCAGAAAACGUGCUGCAGAUAAGUUCUGAUGGCAAACAAAAACUUGGAAUUGUAGCAAACAAAUUCGAUAAUGCAUUACACGUUAGAACUCUUUGCUUUGACAGACGUAAUGCUACUCUAUUAGUAGCAGGUUUCGAAGACUCAAUAGCUGUCGUAAAGCUAAAAUAGAACCUUACUAAGAUAAGAAAUAUAAUUGUAACUCCCGGACCAAAUCCUUCAGUAAAAGAUUCAGAUAAAAUAUCUGUUCUUGAGGAAAAUUACAUUGUUUUGUUAUUGAAAUACAGUCAUACAUAUUUUGUAAAAGAUUAAAUAUAUGUGUCAUGCAAUUUAGAAUAAUUUGAUAAUAAUACACCUGUAAACAAUGUUUUAGAGGGGGUAUAUAUGAACACCAUUCGGUGCGUCCGUCCAUCCUCUGGCCCCUUUUCGGAUUAGUGUCGAUGUUCGUUCGAUAACUUGAAAUGAUGAAUUGAUUGAAUCUUAGUUUUAGUGAACAAGGGCAUGAUUAUAAAAUGAAGGCUAAGUUCGAUUAUAGUAACAAUUUUAUCACGGAGGUGUGACCCUUUCCCAAUUAAAUUUCAGCAAUAUGUUGAUAUCCUUUCAAUAACUUUUGAAAACUUUGACGAACUGAAUUCAUUUAUAGUAGACAGGUACAUGGUUAUAAAAUGUAGGCUACAUUUGAUUGUGGUUAGUAUCUUCCAAUUUCUGGCGGAAUAUCAGAUUAGGUUAUCAGAUUGUAUGCUCGCAGGUUUUUUUGUGGUGGGGGAGUGGGGUAUGGGUUGGGGUAAGGGAAAAGUUGGGUCCGAUCCCUCCUAGUCCGCCCUUUACUUUCGGCCACUUUGGCAUAUUUUAUUGGCUUAUGCCAAAUAUUUUACUACCGGUUGGACAAAUAACUUUCACUGAAAAAGAUAUUAUAAUUUCCGUGCGUUUUGAUUAAUAAAAAUCACUUUUUUAUUUUUACUUUGAACAUGUCAUUUGUUAAUAAUAUAAAGAUUUGCUGGUUUGUAUGCAAGUGUUGACACAAUAACUUACUAUAUAAUAAUUAAUCAUUUUUACAUCUUCAACUAUGAGAUCGAAUUUCAUAGCUUUUAAAUGUUUUUUAAUAAAAAGAUAUUAAAGGAAAACUUUAGAAAGAAAUCUUCCAAUUGUAAGAUGAUUUAUAAAUAACACGGACGCUUAAGCAUCCACAAUAGAAAUAGAUAUAAAUCUAUCCCGUUUGGGUUUUACAAUGUAGAUGUUUUGUCGUGUUUAAAGUGUUUUUCAUUCGUAAUUUAAAUAUAAAGUACUUACCUGCGAUUUUAAACCUUAUAAAACCUUGAUGUACUGUAAUUCGAGCUUUUAGUUCUCUGCCUUCAAACUUUGGAACUCUCUCCGUCAAGUUACGCUGCCUGCUUUUUAAAAGCCUGCCAAAACCCAUUUCUUUGUACAACAUUGAUACGUCUCUUACGGAAUUGUAAAACAGUAUUUAAAUCUGACAGCCAUUUCAUUUUUAAUAGUUAUGUAUAUUUGUAUAUCUUUGUCUUGUUUGGUUGGGUAUCUAUCGUCUAUAUCCGUAGCUUGUUAAUUUGAAAAGGCAUUUUUUGUUUUUGUUUUUGUUUUUGUUGUUGUUGUUGUUGUUUUUUGUUAUUUGAUAUCGGUUUUACUUCUUGAAUGUAAUCUGUAAAGCUCUUUUCAUGUGGUGCAAUAAUAAUAAUAAUGUACAGUUUUGUUUUCUUUUAGUUUUGCAUUGGGUCUUACCGAAUUGAAUCUAUGUUAAGCUUCUCCACCAACUUUCAAGGUCUACUUGUUACAUGUAACCAAAACAAAAAGCAUAGCUUUACAAAUGUGAAAAAAUAUAUACACAAAUUAUAUCAAUAUAUGUAUUUUAAACAAUUUUAACAUGUUUUAACGAGACUCUGUCGAGUUACCGUGUUAACAGUUACCCGAGAGCCAGAUCUUCACCUACAGCCAGUGAUAGAAUCUUUUUCUUGUAUUCUUGUAUGCCAUGUUCGACAAAUAAUAGUAAAAUAUAAUCAAAUGAGUGACUUUCUUAUAAUAGCACAUUCUGUUACGGUAGCGAAUCUAAACAAUGCGGGGGAAUUUUACGUCUGUAAACUGGAAAUACGUCGUGACAUUACAAGAUAAAAGCAACGUAUAAGUUUUAUCAUUUUUAGAGAAAUUUUAUGUUGUAUUUGUUGGGGUUAGGGUAGGGAUGGGGGUCAAUUUAUAACAAUAUCAUAAGUAAGAAAGAGGAACUACGUUUUAUGUAAAAAAUAAUAACUACUGCACAAAAUUAUCAAAAUUAAUACAUAGUAAAUUUUUAUACGUCAUUUUAGCAUGAGAGUCAUCUGACACUCCGUGGUAUAAGAUUUGGUUUUCCAGCACCGGUGAAAUCACCGGAAAUCCACGUCUGGUAUCAAAGAAUAGCAUUUGAAUUUCAAAUGUGUAAUUAAUGAUAUUUAGAAUUUACUUUUAAUACGCGUCAUUACGUUUGCAUUUUGUAUAUGACUUGAACAUGAUCAUGUGCUUUUAAUGUUUUAUAUUUACGAAAAGAUGAUUUACGACAGAAAGUAUUAAUUUGAGCUCUGUUUCAUAGAUUAAUGUACAUUGAAAAUUUGAAUUUAUACACAUGUAUAUUGUAAAUUGAAGGUAAAUUUAGUUCAGCUUUAUUUCUGCAUUAAAUUUGUUUACAAACUGAAAAUGAAAUAAUUCAUUCUAUUUAUAUGUAUUUAUAGGAAUAAAUGUAUAUAUAGAUA